ACUGACUGGGAAUUGUUUUUUAUCACUUUGGUCAAUACAACUACUGUGCUAUGAGUACUGAAUCAAAUGAGAAAGUACUUAAAGCAGUUGAGAAGCUAACUGGUGGGAGAAGUGAUAAAUGGUGGGGAUGUUUUGCGGACCGUCGAAUCAUUUUACUGAUUGUAUUUAUUGCCUUUUUGCUCGAUUACAUGUUAUUGACUUGUGUAGUUCCAGUCGUACCAAAAGUAUUGUUAAAAUAUCGCUCAGAAGAUUUAUCACGUUCAAUAAGAUCAGAAUUGUCUACAGAUGAACUGUGUGAAAAACUUCAAAUUGUAGAUAAAAUAACACCUAAAGAAUCUGUUGAAUUGGCUUCGAAAAAGUCAACUGAAGAAAUAGCUAACGAAAUUCAAAGACUCAUGAAUAUACAGUACAAAUCAAACAAUAUAACAAUUAAUGAAUGCAUACAAAAAACAGCGGAAGUGAUUCGUACAAUCAUGCAAAAUGAAUUACGGAAUGAAGAUCUUAAAAUUGGUGUAAUGUUUGCAUCGAAAGCAAUUGUGCAAACCAUUGUUAAUCCAUUUGUUGGUCCGCUAACGAACAGGAUUGGAUACAGUAUACCAAUGUUUACAGGGUUUGUCGUUACAUUCAUAUCUACAGUUGUCUUCGCAUUUGGAGGAAACUACGUUGUGCUGUUUAUCGCUCGUGCUUUACAAGGCGUUGGGUCUUCAUUUUCUACAGUUUCAGGUUUCGGAAUGUUGGCCACAUGUUAUAUUGAUGAACAAGAGAGGGAUCAUGCGUUUUCGAUUGCUCUUACUGGAUUAGCAUUGGGCGUACUAAUUGGGCCACCGUUUGGUGGAGUUACUUAUCAAUUCAUUGGCAAACCUGCACCCUUUUUAAUUUUGGCCGGUCUAACAUUAAUUGAUGGUUUAUUACAGUUACUUUCUUUGAAGCCGGUUGUUCGACAAGAGGAUGAGAAAGGUUCGUCGCUUUGGGAACUGAUAAAAGAUCCGUAUAUACUAGUAGCUGCAGGAACAAUAACAAUUGGUAAUCUGGGAACCGCUAUGUUGGAACCUUCUCUACCAUUGUGGAUGUGGAAUACAAUGAAAUCAUCUGAAUGGCAGCAAGGAAUAGUAUUUCUACCGUGUAGCUUCUCUUAUCUCGUUGGCACAAACCUGUUUGGUUACAUCGCACACAAAAUUGGACGACCACUGUGUGCUGCUAUGGGAAUGGUAGCUUGUGCAGCCAGCCUAACAGCUAUACCAUUUUGCACCAGAUUGGGACACUUAAUUGUGCCAAUGGCUGUAUUGGGAUUUUCUAUUGGUAUGAUAGAUUCAACAAUGUUUCCAACUAUGGGUUACUUGGUUGACUUGAGGCAUGUGGCUGUAUACGGGAGCGUUUAUGCUAUAGGAGAUGUCGCACUUUGUUUGGCAUUUGGACUAGGUCCUAUUGCAAGUGGUGCUAUAGUAAAAGGAGUUGGUUUCAGUUGGAUGUUAUGGACGAUAUCUAUUGCUUCGGUUGCAUUUUGUCCACUGAUAUUUUUGUUAAGAAAUCCUCCGGCAAAAAAGAAAAGUGAAACGAAUGAAACUGAAUCUACUAGUGGUCCAGUGGGCAUUGGUGAAUAUGGUCGAUACGAAUAAGGAUACCUGAUGAUUUCAGAGAUAACUUGGUCUUUUGGAUUUUGUCCUGUAACUAAAGUUAAAAAUCGAAUAAUUCAUGAAACACCACUGGAUGACUCCUCUUUUUAAGUUGAAAGUAAAACGCACUUUACGUAGUCUGUAUCAAAUUUAAUUUGUACUACUUGACUUAACAGCUUACAGCAUUUAAGAGUUUUACUUAACGUCAUAUUAUUAUCCUAAACUGUGUUCCGUAAUAAUAGUUCACUGUCUAAUUACCUUAUCUUGAUAUUAAAAUGGAAUUUUUAUGUCCAAAAUGCUUAUCUUAUGAGAUGUCAAGAAUGAAAUUGGUCAGAA